AUGUCAUCCUCCCAACACAGCUUGAGCGCCGCGUCUGAAGACCGCAAGUCGCGCCUCGCUGCCCUCAGAAACCUGAAACGAAAGAAGCCCGACGACAACGACGAGGGUGCCACAGGAGAAACCAAAAUCCCACCCUCUGUCACUCCAGACGCAGACGUCUCGCGUCUACAUCUUUCAGGACGCAACUAUGAUCCAGAAACGAAAGGCCCCAAGCUUGGAUUCGACCAAGCGCCAAACGAGGGCCUGGAUAAACCUACUCUAGAGGAGCAAGCUGCAGAUGUCGAGGCGCAAGUCAAGCAGCAUGCGACCGAAGAGGCACAGAAUGAUAAGGGGCUUGAUUUGUUUAAGCUGCAACCGAAAAAACCAAAUUGGGAUCUGAAACGGAACUUGGAAGCUAAGAUGGAUAUUCUGACUGUUCGGACAGAUAAUGCCAUAGCUCGGCUGGUUCGGGAGAGGAUCUCUGGAGCUCAAAAGGCAGCUACAGAUGCCGCCGCUCUGGGCAGCGCAAAGGUUGACGGGGACGCUGUCGGCAUGGAUGGCGUUGCUCUCGUAGAGGGAUUGAGGGUCAGGGAACAGGAAGAAGAGGAGGAAGAGAGGAGGGAGCGAGCAGAGAACGAAGCUCUGCUGGCCUGA